CUAUACCCAGUGUGUGUGUCCUCCUAUACCCAGUGUGUGUGUCCUCCUAUACCCAGUGUGUGUGUACCCCUUGCCCCAUCUCUUCUUCUCAUCCAGUCCACCACCAUGCUGUGGACUGUCCUCCUAGCCCUGCUGGUUCUCCUCCUACUGCAGACCCAGCUAUGUGUCUGUCUACGGGAGCUCAGAGCAGCCGGCUCUUCCUCCCCCCCCUCUCGCUCUCGUAAUGCCACCCAGCAGCGCCUACCCGGAGCCAUCAUCAUCGGCGUGCGUAAAGGUGGCACCAGGGCCCUUCUAGAGAUGCUCAACCUCCAUCCGGACGUAGAGGUGGCCAAAGCUGAGGUGCACUACUUCAACAUGGAAGAGCACUACCGGCGGGGGCUGGCGUGGUACCGUGCCCAGAUGCCUUUCACCCUGCCUGGACAGCUGACGGUAGAGAAGACCCCUGGAUACUUUGCCUCUCCCCAGGUCCCAGAGCGGGUCUGGGAGAUGAAUCCUGCUGUCCGACUACUGCUGAUAGUCCGCGACCCCGCCGAGCGCCUCGUCUCCGACUAUACCCAGGUCCUUCACAACCGCGUGACCCGCCACAAGCCCUACCAGCCUCUAGAGGAGUUGCUGUUCCGGCAGGGCCACAUCAACCCGGCCUACAAGGCGCUGCAGAGGAGCCUGUACCACCAGCACCUGGACCGCUGGUUGGAUGUGUUCCCCAGGGAGCAGGUCCACGUGGUGGAUGGAGAGGCCCUCAUCAGACACCCCUUCCCGGAGCUCCGCAGGGCCGAGAGGUUCCUGGACCUUCCCCCGCGCAUCGCUCCCUCCAACUUCUACUUCAACACCACUAAAGGUUUCUACUGCCUCCUCUCUGCCGGGGGACAUGACAAAUGUCUGGAUGAGUCCAAGGGGAGGCCCCACGCUCCUCUCAGCUCACAGGCCUUCAGGAAGCUGUGUCGAUACUUCAGAGAACCCAACAGGCUGUUCUUUGAGAUGGUGGGGCGCUCCUUCUGCUGGUGCUGACCUGAUAGGGACAGAGCACAGAGAGGAGAAAUUGGAAAUAUUGGCCCAUAAUAACAAUAUUUGUCCAAAAUUGUACCUUAUUAUCAGUGUGCCGUUUGUCCAAAAGGCCAACAGUGAAGAUACCAUAGCCUGUGUGAAGUUGCUGUUAGCUUGCUUGAAUGCUUGAUGGUCCUGUGUGGCUCAGUUGGUAGAGCACGGCGCUUACAACACCAAGGUUAAAUUCCACAACUGUCGCUGUGGAUAAGAGUGUCUGGACUUUAGAGAUCUCUACGUUUUAAAUGUACUGUCAAUGAGCUUCACCAAGCCAAAACCCUGGGAGUAAGCAGCAUCCCAAGGAAAGACUGUAUAAGAUGACAAACCCUCAAUGAGGGACACACAGAACUACCCAUAGAAAUACAUGAUGGGUACAUUCAAUAUGGCCGCUGCUCUACCCAUCACAGAACCAUAACCAUUCUAGUGAUUAAAUGUUUAUGGUACUACCUGCUGGAGAACAUGAACUGAAGUGCCCAUUCUGUGAUACUGUAUGCCUGGUGGUCCUAAUACUGCCUGAUCAUGACUAUUUCUGAUGCCUGUCACCGUGGGCCUUGGCUUACAGGGCUGAACACUGUCUGAUGCACCAGCUGCCAUGAAAUCAAGUGUCAGAAAGGAACUACAAUAACCUGUGCCAUACAAUUGUAUCAUGAACAAUCAGGACACAUAUUUUUUACAAAAAAACUCUGGAAAGACAAUAUCUGUAGCUCCUUCUUUGUAAUUUUGACGUUCAUUCAAAUAAGUUUUAGAGCAGACACUGUUAGAAGAAACAGAUUAGUUCUAGAACAGACACUGUUAGUAGAAACAGAAGAGUUCUAGAACAGACACUGUUAGUAGAAACAGAUGAGUUCUAGAACAGACACUGUUAGAAGAAACAGAUGAGUUCUAGAGCAGACACUGUUAGAAGAAACAGAUGAGUUCUAGAACAGAUACUGUUAGAAGAAACAGAUGAGUUCUAGAACAGACACUGUUAGAAGAAACAGAUGAGUUCUAGAACAGACACUGUUAGAAGAAACAGAUGAGUUCUAGAACAGACACUGUUAGAAGAAACAGAUGAGUUCUAGAACAGACACUGUUAGAAGAAACAGAUGAGUUCUAGAACAGACACUGUUAGAAGAAACAGAUGAGCUCUACAACAGACAGUUAGAAGAAAUGUAUAAGUGUACAGAAUAAUGUUUUGAAAUGAGAUUGGGGCUACUAUGAACUGAUGCUAUUUUUUGCACUAUGAACUGAUGUUUAAAUGCAUAAAAGGUCAGUCUAUAUCUGUAGAACUACUGUGGCAAUCUGAAGCUAUUUCAAACUGUCUGACGUUUUAGACUGCGUACCAUUUUCACUGAACUGUUUACCAUUGCACAAAGUAUGCCUGUGAGCAAAAAAUAAUGUUCUCAUCUCGAUAAUCAUGUUUGCUUCUAGUGUUAUUGUUUUAUUACUCUCAUAUUUGACUUUCAAAUGUUCAAUAGAAAUGUAUUUAUGGGGGGAUUGUUGAAUUUAGAUUUAAAAUGUAGAUUUCAAGAAGUUUGAGAUGUAAUGUAUUGUAUGUUUUUCUUCUUCAAUAAAUGUACUGUGGUGAUACCUUAA